AUGAAAUAUUCAGCAUUCUUAACCAAGUCACGCGGAUCCAAGAUAGAGAUAGCCUAUAGGAUACAGUAAAUGGAUAUUGUAGAAUAAGUUAAGCUACGUCACUCUUUAUGCAAGUGAACUUUCUUUACAUUUAAGUAUACGCUAUAUAAGUGUAACAUGUCCGACGAGUCCUUCACAUGUUUGUGCACUGAGGGCAGCUAUGCUCCCUAGCAGCGUUCGUCCUUCAAUCGAGCUCUCGGUCACGUCACGUAAAGUCCUGGGCGGACACAGCCAGCAUUCCGUGGGGUCCAUGACGACCCGUGAGGAGGAGGAAAAGGGUACCGCCUAAAAACAGACGCUUUUAUUGGACGCAAAUUGUUGCUAGGCGCAGCAGGAUGUCCGUAUUAAAAGCGCAUCGGCACAUGUAAAGAAAUAUGAAAGCUUGCACGACUAUAACAUAACGAGCGAGGAAUCUUUAGGGAGGUGUCGGUGCCAUAUUAUCCGAGAUGAGGAGAGCAUUGCCGCAGUGAGCAAAUAAUCUGAUCAACGCUUUUGCACCGGGCUGUGGAUUUCAUGUCCCUUACAGACGUUGACAUUUAGAAGAACCAAGGGUACUCGGGUUUAAAAACAACGAUGUGGUUGAUUGGUGAAAGUAGAUGUUGUUUUAGACAUAAUUCAUUAAAAUGGCAUUAUAAAUUCCGAGCGAGCGAUUAUAGCAAGGGACAGCUGCGCACUUUUUAGUUUUAUGACGGAUUAACAACGUGACAACCUCUGUGAACUACCCAACAUGGUGAGUUAGUAAGAGAUAUUUAGGCCUAUAUUAGUUUCACAUUGAAAUAUUGACUGAGAAAUCUCUAUAAAAUAUAUUAAGUAGAUUAGUGGCAUGGAUUUGUAUUAGCCUAUUAAAGCAAAAUGCAAGGGAGCUUUCAUCGUUCUUGAAUUGGAUGCCCUUGCGCACUUCGUAAUUGUAUUGUUUCUGUUUUACUCUUUUUUUUUUUAAACUAGUUCUAUAAUUAAUACUAGAUAUUAUAUGUAAAAAAAAAAAAAAAAAAAAAAAAAAAAACAUUAAAAAUAAAAUAAAAAAGGAAUUUGGCAUUCGGUCCUCGAAUGAUGCCAAACUGCGUCAGUACAGAUUGUUAUUACAGGUGCGUCCGUUCAACGAGGACCAUGCAAACGGCUGAAUGUCACAAAUAAGUGUCCAGCGAUUCACGGGUCAUGGAAAACCUGACUGGAUCCGACCAUGAGAAGCAGCCUCUGGGCUUCGCUGUUCCUCCAGUCCCCUCAAAAAAGACUGUGAUUUAUGAAAAUGGUCACGAACAUCCCACUUACACGGACCCGGCGGUUGCAGCACUCAGAGGGGCCAGUGAUCCUACCGCAUACCCCCUAUCGGAUUACCGGAGGCUGGUCCGGCAGAGAUUUAUACGCAGAAGUUUGUGGUUCUCUGAGUCAGAGGAUCCAGAUCUCGAAGCUCUCGAGUGCGACAGCACCGGCAGCAGUCCCGUUAAAAACGCGCAUCCUCGGAGCGCACAAAUAGCGGUCCAGAGGAGUGCGAACGCGGAGAGUCAGGUGGAACAAGUAGACGUUGGCAACGAGAACUUGGGAAAAGAACGAGAUACAAGCGAGGCCGAGAUAAAACAUGAUGCUGAACCGUCUGAUAAUGACAAGGGUUUGGGGAAAGCUGGGAGCGACGAGAACGAGGAAGAGGCCGAAAUGAAGGCGGUAUCCACCUCUCCAGGUGGACGCUUUCUCAAGUUUGAUAUAGAGCUUGGCAGAGGAUCCUUCAAAACGGUCUACAAGGGCCUGGACACUGAGACGUGGGUGGAGGUGGCCUGGUGUGAACUUCAGGAUCAUAAGCUGUCCAAAAUGGAACGACAGAGGUUUAAAGAGGAGGCAGAGAUGCUGAAAGGUCUCCAGCAUCCUAACAUUGUGCGUUUCUAUGACUUUUGGGAAUCCCCUCUUAAAGGAAAGAAGUGCAUUGUUUUAGUCACCGAACUGAUGACAUCUGGAACUCUGAAAACGUAUCUGAAGCGUUUCAAGGUAAUGAAAUCAAAAGUUUUGCGAAGCUGGUGCAGACAGAUCUUAAAAGGUCUCCACUUCCUCCAUACGAGGGCCCCUCCUAUCAUCCAUCGGGACCUGAAGUGUGACAACAUCUUCAUCACUGGUCCUACAGGCUCAGUCAAGAUUGGUGAUCUUGGCCUGGCCACACUAAAGAGAGCUUCCUUUGCCAAAAGUGUUAUAGGCACUCCAGAGUUCAUGGCCCCUGAGAUGUAUGAGGAACACUACGAUGAAGCUGUUGAUGUGUAUGCAUUUGGGAUGUGUAUGCUGGAAAUGGCCACAUCUGAAUAUCCAUACUCAGAAUGCCAGAAUGCAGCACAAAUCUAUCGCAAAGUCACCAGUGGAGUGAAGCCAGCCAGUUUCAGUAAGGUGACCGUGCCUGAAAUAAAAGAAAUCAUUGGAGAGUGCAUCUGUCAUCGUUGGGAGGAAAGGUACUCCAUAAAGGAUUUACUAAACCACGCAUUCUUUGCGGAGGACACUGGCGUGAGGGUAGAGCUGGCUGAAGAAGAUGAUGGCAAAAAGGCAUUCAUAGCACUGAGGCUUUGGGUUGAAGACCAGAAGAAACUAAAGGGGAAAUAUAAAGACAGCGGUGCAAUUGAGUUCACCUUUGACCUGGAUACAGAAGUCCCGGAAACAGUAGCUCAGGAAAUGGUGGAUUCUGGCUUCUUUUUAGAGACUGAUGUGAAGAUUGUGGGUAAGUCUAUCCGUGACCGUGUGGCUCUUAUAAAGUGGAGACGACAGCGCAUGGUCUCGGGCCUAAAUGGGAAAACACAAAAGAGCGGCACCAAGACUGAGACGUCGAAUCUCCUUCAGGUGCCCUCCACAGGGCCCCCAGUGGGCAGAUCACCUAGUCUUCCAUCCGAAACAGAGGAGGCACAGAGUGAAGCAGUCAGCCUGGUUUGCAGUGCCCCAACCUGUGCAACUACAGCCACACCUGACAGCAGCGCAGGCUCAACAGUGGUAACAGGUGCUUCGAGCUACCAAGACAGCACCUCUCAGCAGUCCCAUUCAGAGCCAAUUUCCACUGCCCAGAGGGUCUUAAGCCCUCCAGCACAGCUCCUGGCUCAGUUGCCACAAGGUGCCCAACAGCCAUCAACUGUACACCUGCCUCCUGGGAAUCAACAACAACCUGUUCUACACAUGCACCCACAACAAAGUGUGGGCCAGCUACUCCAGGGGACCCAGCAACAACCCAGUCCUCAGCAGCCCCAAGGAGCCCAACAACAGCCUAGUGCUCCUCUGCACCAGGUGGCACAAGCACCAACUCCAGGUUUGGUGCCUCAAGGAGCCCAGCAACAACCCACAGUCCAGCUGCACCAGCAAUAUCAGCAGCUACAUCAAGGGGCUUUUCAGCAAUUUGCAGGACACCUGCAUCAGAGCUCCUACCAGCAAUCACCACCUUCUGCACAAUUGGUUCCAUCUAAGACAGUCUCUGCUCCAGCUACUCCUGUACCACAUGCUCGUCCAAACUCGCAGAGCAUUCCUGCCUCUGCUCUCACAUCACAGCAUAACCAGACUACUGUACCAGUAACACAGGAGUUUCAUCUCUAUUUCCAUCCUGAAGCUUUCCUACCUCAGACUUUAUCAACUCUUUCACCCAUAGUGCAGUCAUCUUCGAAUGCUCAGUCCAUUCCACAGCAUCUAUUACAGUCAGCAUCUUUAAUGCUCAGCACCACUACUCUCCCUCCACAACCGCAGCUGAAUGUUCAGACUGCUACCCUUCUCCAGCCUCUACAAAUUGCCACACAGUUUCCUUCGCAAUAUCCUCUUUUGCCUGAAGGGGGUGUACCUGCAGGGACAGAACCAAUACCUUUCUCCUUAGUCUCUUACCCUUCUUCCUAUCCCACAAAUGCUCCUCCAGUAUCUUCUCCCUACUCCUCACUAAGCCCAAUCAGUGCUCCUCUUUCUAUGGUACCCAUGCAGAAUGCACCAUGUAUAAUAGGGGCAGGCACACCUGUGUCCACCCCUCUGAAUGUUCCCUCUCCUAUACCUCUCCUGGCUAUGGCCCUGUCCCCUUCCAUAAUUCCCCCCGAGCAACAUAAGCAGAUGUGCUCCCCUGUUCCACCAUCAGAAGUUUCCCUUUUUCAACCCCAACCAACACAGCCCUCCUUGCCUCCUCCAAAUCCAGUCUCCUUCAAUCUACAAGACCCAUCUAUUCCUGAACCAUUUGCAGAGGAGUACCCUCAUCAUCUGGAAUCUCAGGUCCUGGCUCCAGUUCACACCAUUCUGCCGCAGGUCCAGCCUCCUCCACAGGAGAGCCAAUCAGAGGCCAAAUUUAAAAGUGCCCAAGCCCAGUCUGAAAGCAUGGAGCCACCUCUGCCGCAUGCUGGAAUACAGAUAGGAUUUGCUGUUCCUGAGAGCACUUGUAUGCCUGGUACAACUCAGCAAAUGCUGGACACUGCUUCUGUGCCCUUUGCUCCUGCACCAGAACCCAACCGAGUUCAACCAAGCACUGAGGCACCUGUGUCUUUUCUACUCCAUAGAUAUGUAUGUGACAACUUAAACCAAGAUGCAGGAUAUGGUAAAGAGAUGAGUGACAGCUAUGAAGGAUCCACUGGUGGAGGAAAAGGUGACGGCAAACCCAAAAAGCACCACCGCAAAUCUACUCGCACACGCUCCCGGCAGGAAAAAAUUAACAAACCCAAGCUGAGCAUGCUAAAUGUUUGUAAUACUGGCGAUAAGAUGGUGGAAUGCCAGCUGGAAACACACAACCAUAAAAUGGUGACCUUCAAAUUUGAUCUAGACGGGGACGCACCUGAAGAAAUAGCCACAUAUAUGGUGGAAAAUGGUUUCAUUCUACCAAUAGAAAAGGAGAUCUUCAUAGAUCAACUGAAAGACAUUGUUGACAAAGCGGAGGACAUUUUGAGUGAGGACAUGGAUGAAGAAAAGGCUUCAGAACUUGGAAAAAGUCAAGGACAAACCCCUGGGGAGGUAGGGGGAGAGGGAAUGAAAGAUCAGCAACCCGGGGCUCCUCAGCCAGUUUAUCAACAAAAUGUUCUACACACUGGUAAGAGGUGGUUCAUCAUCUGCCCUGUGGAAGAGACCCCAGCUGCUGCCAGUCAGGAUGCAUCAUCAGAUGGAGGCCCAUUCACACAAUCUCUAUCCUCAACAAUAACUGAUGGUACAGCCACUGCUCAGCCUGCUGAGAGUGUCUCAACCCAGCCACCAGAACCCAGCACAGGAUCUGCUUCUGUUUCAAUGGAUUCCGAGGCCUGUGCCACAGCACCUCCAUCUGGAGGAAGUGAUCCCUAUGGGGUUUGGAGCCCCCUGUCUUUGACCACUACAGAUCCUCUUUCUCUGGCUGCUCUCUCCCAAGCUCCCCCUGUUCCCCAAGCAGCCACAAUGCCAGCCCAACCCUCUUCCUAUCCAGAGGAGGGGCCAGAUUUCGACUCCGCCCAGGUCAGUGUGCAGCAGUCAAAACUUUUUGUGGAUGAGAUCCAGUGUGGCAGAUUAAGUUCUAUCAACCCUAUCCACACUGCUCAGCAGAUGGCUGAGAUUGCAUGUACUGCCUCCAUAGAGGAGGAUGUGCCAUGCUGCCCCUUGGUCAUGCCACUGUCCCUCGAAGUUAACAGUGAGGCUCAGAGAUCAUCCUCCGUAAUGCAACCACCAUCAGAGGACAGUACGUCUGCUCGAGAUCAGCUCCACUCCAUUACAUCUAGUCGAGUCGAACGCGCACAGCAGCCUGUGGUGAUGCAGCAACCUGUGUCCACUGUGGGUGGAGCCAAGGUACCUUCUCUGCCCCAAAGCCCUGCUCCUUCACAGCACCACUUUGUUCCUAGUGAAUCCGAUGGGGAGGGGCGUAGGGGAGGGUUUGUAGACAGCACCAUCAAGACACUGGAUGAGAAGCUGCGGAAUUUACUUUAUCAAGAAUACGCUCCUAUGUACCCUUCCGGGAGUGCUGGCGAGACUCCAGGAUCUGGCACAGAGUACAUCCAGUCCCCACCAGGACCAGAGAGUGCAGUGGGAGGGUCAGGGACUAGCACACCCAGUCUUAUGGGAGAGGGACGAUUCAGAGCAGGAGAACAGUUGCCUCAGAUUCCAGAGCGUGUGGACAGUUUAAGUGCUCUCAGCGACUCUGCUGUUGGAGUUACUGUGUCAAGGAGACAUGUGAUGCCACACUCUACCUCAUGCUCUGGUUCCAGAAGUCGAUAUAAGAUGAUGCCUGGCACCACUGACAUCAUGUUAGGUCAAGGGAGAAAACAGCGUAGCCUAAGCAGCACAGCAUCGCCAGCGCACCCUGAUGGUUAUUUUGGGGAGAGUGCCAUGUACGAAGAGCCACCAGCAUCAGCCAUCAUUGUCGGCAGGUUUUCUGUGGUCAGUACAGAGGAUGAGGUCACGCGCAGGAAGUACAGCAGUAGAUACUCUGCCCCACCUGACUUUUAUUUAGAUGCCCCACCUCCCUUGGCCAAACGAGGCUCCCUGCCAAGGGCUCAGACCUCAGUGUCAGUGGAUGUAACUGUUCAACCCCGCUUCAUGUCUUCUGACUCUGGGGCCGAGAGCAGCCCUGCCAAAAUGGCACCCACAACCCCGUCCCGCCAUGUGCGAUCUGAAAGGAGAGGAAGUGACCUCAUGAAAAGGGCAGUGGCAUUUCUGAGGCGCUCUGGACGCAGUAGUAGUGUGCAAAGCUCUGAUUCGCCAAGCAGAAAGGGAGGGAUGUAUGGAUCCUAUGUCAGCAGUGACAAUGACUCUGAAAUGGAGGAUUCAGACAUAAAGAGGGAGCUUCAAACACUGAGAGAAAAGCAUAUGAAGGAGAUUACAGAAUUGGAGGCCCAUCACCGAGAAGAGAUUGAGCAUCUCUACAUCAGAUUAGGAAAACCACCUCCUCCUGGUCUUUAUGUCUCAUCCACAGCACCCCCUGCUGGACGUAAGCGUAGGACCAGCAGGCACAAACUGAAAGCUGGCAAACUGCUCAGUCCUCUGGUACAACAACUGAGAAACGUCGCUUCUAAGACUUGUGACAGCAGCAAAACGAAUGAUUUAAUAAAAUCAGCUGAGUGUGCCCAGAGCUUGAAUGGGUCUCCUGCCAAAGCUUCCAAUGUAUCUGAUGGCAGGGCUUAUUCUGAGACUGGGACUAUGCCUUGUUCUGUGUCUGAGCCUGUUCAGACCCAACAGCCCUGCUCUAUGAAGGGAUCUUUAUCGUCUGACAACAUCUACUCUGGUCAACAGGGAGAAGGACCAGGGCCACGCAGCCAGCCAGCCCAAGGGUGGCCUCCUUCUCCCCAGGCGUCUGCACAGGUCACCUAUAAAUCCAGUAGCAAACCACGCGCUAGAUUUCUCAGUGGGCCUGUUUCUCUGUCCAUCUGGUCAACACUUAAACGGCUGUGUCUUGGAAAAGAACGUGGCAGCAGAUCUGGAGCAUCGUCAGGUGCUUCUCAGUCCCCAAUGCCUCCUGGAUCCACUCCUCCCCCUCACCAGCCAAUUGGUCUCGCCCAAGCACAGACUAACAACAGCAACAAUAAGACAGACGCUUUGCACCUUUAUAAACUGGUGGAUAACUGGGCAGAAGAGGCUCCAGUGUCAACAGAAAGAAUAAAUGCUUCCCAGCUCCCUCUUUCUUGGCCACAGAUAGAUUACCAUACUUCAACAGUCGCAACUGACACUUCACAAGUGCUCCAGUGCAGUUUCAUGGUGCCUGGUGACCCUUUUGGAAACAUGCUAGCUUCCCCACUCUUUGACAUGGACCACUGGCCUUCAGUGACUGCCACUCUUAACCAAGGAGUCUUUGCUGUCCCUGCUGUGCAUUCACCCCCUUGGACAGCACCUUCCUCCCCCAUUGAACUCCCCAGAACUAGGACCAUGUAGCUUUACCAUCCUUAUACCAAUAGUUCUUACUAUGUUGCCAAAAAUUCUUAUUCUUUAGUUUCUUUAGAGUGCUGUUAGGCCUAUCAGUGUGCAGUUCUAUCUGUUGCAAUUACUAGCAUGUAGUCAUUUACAAGGCGUAAGUAGUAAUCCAAUAUGAACAUGUAAAUAUUCUUGCCAACAAUGUAAGCAUUUUCUGUGAAUUAGUACUGUACUUUCAGUAUUAUUGUAUAUAUUCAUUCAGCCUGGCAUAACAAAAUUUUAGCAUAGGCUAUGUACAGAACGUAUAUUUUUCAUCUAAAUCUAUUUUGCUUGCUUGUUUUUCUGCAGAAUUAACUUCUUAAAACCUUGAGCUGUACACGUAUGUAAAUGCUAUAAGUUAAUAUGCCCUUAAAUUUGUGUAGAUAUGUAUAUGCACUGUUUAUACAUAUGUAAAUAUACGCUCUGUCUCAGAUGUGCAUAAACUGGACACAAAAAUGACUGAGAUUAAGGUCAAGCUGUGGUUUGGGUUGAAAAGUAUCCCUAUUACAACAAAGGUGGGUGAAAAGACUUGUAGCUUGUAGAGAUGAUCGCGAUCAUGAUGAUCACUGUGAAUGUUUCACCUCGGCCUUGAUUGAUCACUGAUUUCACACAGCACUAGCCUAAAACACAUUAUCACAUGCUACAAAUGUAACAUGCACAAACUGCACUGAGAAACAAGGGAGAACUUUAACAGACUGUACAUUUUAGGUGAAAAGCCUGAAAGAGUGCCUUGAACAGCAACUGGGGACUGAACUGUGUACCAGCCAAUGUAACGAGGGUAAAGGUGACUGCUAUAAAUGUUCUGUUAACAAGAAUAAUACGAACUAAAUUCACAUUUUCCCCACCUUCAGUUUGUGAUUACAUUUAUAAAAUCCAUUCAAACACAACAUAUUGAUGGUAUAAUUAGUUACGAGUGUCAUUUUGUUUUGACGGCAUGUGAAAUAAUAAUUGGGAGGAUAUUUGGUAAUUUUCAGAAGUCAUUUUCUGCAUAAGAAGAGGCUUUUUCUGCAUCAUCUAAUAUAGUACACAGAAAUCCCAAUGAUCUAGGGAUGGGUCAGUAUGGUUGACUAGUUGUCCAAAAACCAACUAGACGACUAGUGUGUUUUUCUAUUUUUAUUUAAUUUUUUAUAUAUCUUUAAUAUUUUUAGAGGUGGUGCUAAAGGAGAUGAAUUUAGAGACCCAACUUUGCAAAGAUUUUACCAUGCUGACAAUGCACUGUGAUUUGUGCUAACAAUUAAACCAAACACAAUUGUUGUAGCAAUAGCAUGGGGCAUAUUGUGAUGUGACAAAACUCUACACAGCAAACAUGCAGUGUAAUGUAGACUCGGUGAAACUAUCAAAAAAACCUCUCCGAGAAGUUUCUAAAUUCAUCCUCUUUAAAGCACCGUAGCUACAGCCAUCAAAGCACGACAAAUUCGCAACCUUCAACAAAAAAUCUCUAGACAUUUAUUGUCAGAUUUCAAAUGCAUAUUCUGACCUCCAGUGAGCAUUGUGCCCAUUAUAAUGCAUAAUCUGUAGGUCUCUAUUUUUUUUUUAGGACUAUGACAGUUUUGUGCAAUAAAAAAAUUAUGAGCCUCUUUA